UCCUCUUAAGACAAAAAAAAAAAAAAAAAACCUGAAUGCAGUAAGCCUACAGAAGAUUGAUUUUCACUUUGGAUUUUGAACUCAGAUAUUCAAAUACAAAAACACAUGGGCUUCUCAUCAAACACUAGUAGCCCUGUCUGUAUGUAAGACAUAAGUUACCGUGGCUGGGUCAUUCCAAGUCCUUUAUUUCCCAUUAUUUCCUUUUGAGCUCCAUAGAGGGACAGAAAAAUGAACCAGGCAAGAUGGAGAGAUCUAAACUUCAAAGGAACAUGGCAUUUUAAUGUUGUGACAAAAUGAAAAGAAUGAGUGUAUGAACCUUCUGAGCAAAAUGUUCAGGAAACCUAUUUUGCCAAUAAUUUUUCUUCUUGUGAAAUGCUCAGGAUUGCUGGAAAAAGCCAGACUCUAUUUAACAAGGAAACCACUGCCAUCUCUGGAAGAAAGGAAGAAGUACGAUUAUGAAUUUGCAACUUCCACCUCAUUCCACGGGGUACACAAUAUUGUUCGUACCCAGAGCAGGACACACAAGACACUAUGGAUGUUAGUUGUCGUGGGCUCCAUUAUCCUUGUCGCCUGGCAAAUCUGCAAUCGUUUCAUCAACUAUCUCAGCUGGCCCACCACAACUUCAGUGGUAGUUCAAUACGUGGAAAAAAUUGAGUUUCCUGCUGUAACUUUUUGUAAUCUGAACAGGUUCCAAACGCAAGCAGUAGCUAACCUGAGCAUCAUUUUCUUCCUGUGGAGCAUAGUUUCUGGAGUUCUUCAUUUCUUUGAUACUGAUAACAAAUUCAACCAGGAGUUUACCGAUUUCCUUCAAGGGAAUCAAAAUUUCAGCAUCAAAGAAUUUACAAGGAAUAAUGGCUUCUUUCUCAACGACACUACAUUGCUGAAUUGUGAAUAUUUUGGGAAGCCAUGUUACCCAAAGGACUUUGAGCACGUCUUCACUGAAUAUGGAAACUGCUUUACUUUCAACCAUAUUAACAUUCCAGCAAAAAGAAGAGUGAGUGUCUCUGGAAGAGGCUUGAGUUUGCUAUUUGAUGUCAACCAGGCCAAGUUUACUGAUGACCCUGCUCUUGGUUUUGUUGAUGCUGGCAUCACCUUUGCUAUCCAUUCACCAAAAGAACCUCCUCGAUUUGAUGGUUUAGGUGUAGCUACCCCAGUAGGAAUGCAUGCUCACGCUGCUAUACGACAGGUGAAGACAAUUAUCCAAGAACACCCAUGGGGAGAAUGCAACCCAAAUAUCAAGCUUCGGCACCACAAGAUCUAUAGCACCUAUGGAUGUCUACAAGAGUGCAAGUCGCAGCAUAUACAAAAGCGGUGUGAAUGCGUGCCAUUCAUGUUACCAGGAAAUGGCCCAGAAUGUGACAUGGAAAAAUUUUACAACUGUGUGUCUCCUAUGCUGUAUAACAUAGAACUCACGGGAUCGUGUUCAGUAGGAACAUAUAAUUCCACCUGCCCAGUACCUUGUGAGGAAACAGAUUAUCCAACCACUAUUUCCUAUUCAACGUUUGCGAGUGAAAAGGCUUUGAAAUUUCUUUCCACAAAGCUGAAGAAAAGUCCAGAAUAUAUCAGGAAUAACUUAGUAUAUAUUGACAUCAAGUAUCAUGAUUUGAAUUACAAAAUGACCCAACAGCAGAAGGCAUUGAGUAUAUCUGAAUUGCUUGCUGAUGUCGGUGGUCAACUUGGUUUAUUUUGUGGAGCCAGCAUGAUUACUAUCAUAGAGAUUGUUGAGUACAUUUUCACCAAUUUCUGUUGGGCGUGUGUCUUCUUUUUACUGAAAGCACCAGAGAUGCCUAACUGGAAUGCAUCCGAUCAGAAUCCACAAACACACAAGAGAAGAAUACAAGAAUGUUAAGGGCUUGCAGAAAGAGAAUGAAAGAUGAACCUUUCUUGUAUGUAAACGACUUUGUUUUUUAAAGGUAACGCAGGGGAAUGUAGUGUUCAGUUCUCUUGCGUCACUCCAAAAUUCAAUUACUAGAGAAAACAGAUUUGUUCAUCCUGGAAAGGUACUUUUUCAGAAGGCUGGGCAGAAGUGGGGCAAAGGUGAAGAGCUGUGCAAAUCUGGCCUCUAGUGCUUUGCACUGAACACUAGCCUCAGUGUUGUGCUACUUGUGUUUUGGAAGGGCAGGGCACGCAUUCACUCCUCUACCAUGCCUAGAGGAUCACUGCCCAGAAAGUGGAUGAAGCUGAAUGACCACAACUGCGAUCACUCCCAUCAAAUCUGGGAAUGAAUUGGAGGGUAUGUUAAUUUUGGAACUGUCAUAAUAAAGAAUCUUUAUCCCUAA